CCGGCCGCGCUCGGGGGACCCGCGGCCGAGCGGGGCCAUGCGGGGCCGGGCUCCGCUCCGCUCCCUCCCGCUCCUGCUGCUUCUGCUGGUGCUGGGCUCGGCCGCAGAAACUCCUCCCUAUUUACCAGCCCCCCAAAAUGUGGAGGUUUAUUCCUACAACUUCCAGAGCUUGCUGAGGUGGUCUCCUGUUCCAGUGGAGAAUGGCACAGUGCUAUACACAGCUGAGUACCAGACAGGCUCCCGCAGGAACUGGAGUGACCUGGGCUGUGCACGGAGCCCCCAGCCCCAGUGCCCGUUCCCCCCCGAGCUGCAGCGGCGCCGCUGGACCGUCCUGCUGCGGGUGCGUGCCCAGCUGGGCACGCUGGCAUCCCCCUGGGCACACUGCCCCGCCUUCGUGGCUGAGAGAGACACCACUCUGGGCCCCCCCAGGGUGAACAAUGUCAGUGCCAGCUCUGGCUCUCUGCUGGUCAGUGUCAGCCCCCCCUUCGCCCCCGAGCCUGGGGACAUCCUGCAGUACCUCGUGUCCUACUGGGAGAACAGCACCGGUGCCACAGCCAAGCAGAAGCUAAGUGAAAGCAAGACACUAUUCCAAAUUGGAAAUCUAAAGGAGUCAACACUUUAUUGCUUCAGAGUUCAAGUGCAGCUGUGGAUUUACUCAGGGCACCUGUUGGAAGGGCUGCCCAGUGCCCCAGAGUGCCGCAGAACUGCCCUCAGUGAGGCAACCCGAGCUGGGUACAUCAUCCCCCUGUUUGUCCUGGCCUUGGUGGCUGCCAAUCUGGUGGCAGCUGCUUUGCUGUUCCUGUGGAAACACCACCAGAACAUCAAAUACUGGGCUCAGCCCCCUCUGGAAAUCCCAUCCCACUUCAAGGAGUUCCUGAGGGAGCCCGGCUGGGCUGGCCUGCAGGAGCUGCACAGCCCGGCUGAGGAGGAGCCCCAGCCCCUGGUGCUUGCAGAGGAACCCGGCCGGGACGGGGAGGAUCCUCCAGCCAACGCCUGCAGGGACAGGGCAGCCGCUGCAGGGCCGCCCCAGUGA